AUGACCCAAUCGGUGUCGAGCUUCAGCGAAUGGAUCCGACUAAAAUUACCUAUACAUGAAGUUCAGUCCGUCCAUGGCAUGCUCACGGCAACUGCAUCACCUGUGCUUGCUUUUCAACAGAAAAAAUGGAAAGAUAUUCAGGUUGGUGAACUCAUCAAAAUUUCUGCAAAUGAUACACUUCUUUGUGAUAUAGUGCUGCUUUCUACCAGCGACCCAACUGGGGUUGCUUAUGUCCAGACCAUUAAUUUGGAUGGAGAAUCAAAUUUGAAGACACGGUAUGCAAAGCAAGAGACCCUUUCUAAGAUUCCUGAGAAGGAGAAGAUUAAUGGGUUGAUAAAGUGUGAGAAACCCAAUAGAAACAUAUAUGGGUUCCAGGCGAACAUAGAGAUCGAUGAGAAGCGGGUGUCUCUAGGACCUUCCAAUAUAGUUCUCCAUGGGUGUGAACUCAAGAAUACUGCUUGGGCACUAGGCGUUGCAGUGUAUGCUGGCAGAGAGACCAAAGCUAUGCUCAACAAUUCUGGAGCUCCAUCAAAGAGAAGCCGGCUUAAGACCCGUAUGAAUAGGGAAAUCAUUCUCCUCUCUAUGUUUCUUGUCGCUUUGUGUACAGUUGUUUCUGUUUGUGCUGGUGUUUGGUUGAGGCGCCACAGGGAUGAGCUGGAUGACUUGCCCUUUUACAGGAGAAAGGACUACUCUGAAAGUGAAGCGGGUGAGGAUUACAAGUAUUAUGGAUGGGGAAUGGAGAUAUUCUUCACCUUCCUCAUGUCAGUCAUUGUGUUCCAGAUUAUGAUCCCUAUUUCAUUGUAUAUUUCUAUCGAGCUUGUCCGCGUUGGUCAGGCUUACUUCAUGAUCAGGGAUGCCCGGGUGUACGAUGAAGCCUCAAAUGCAAGAUUCCAGUGCAGAGCUUUAAACAUAAAUGAAGACUUGGGACAAAUAAAACAUGUAUUCUCUGACAAAACUGGUACACUGACUGAGAACAAGAUGGAGUUUCAAUGUGCAAGCAUUUGGGGUGUAGAUUACAACAAUGGGAAAGCUAUACAAGGGGAAGAAGUUGAAUACUCUACGGCCAUCAUGUGCAUAUGA